AUCAAGUAAUCCGGUCCAGGAAGCAACCCGCAUCCGAGUUUACCGCCGCAAGUCGUUCAAAGAACAUAAGAGCACUUGCUCAAAAUGAAAAGUAAAAUAACUUUGAUGUUUGGCUGGAGGAAACUGUUGGGAACCGUUAGGGCGAUGAAAGGCACGCGAGCUUUAGAGAAGGAGGUGGCGGUCUGAUGGGUGAGAUAUAAAUCUGAUACUUGAAACACACCUGACCUGUGGGCACUGGACACAGAUCGGGACAAGGAUAAAAGCUGUCGAGGCGUUCGUCUUAACUUUAAAGACAUUUACGGCUUCUCGAAGUACAAGGGAGCUGCACGGUAGAAUUUUAUACAGUCGCGUUUACAUUUUGUUCAGGUAGGCUACUGUACGAAAAACUAACUUUAAACAUUAUAAUUUGGCGUCUCGUGCAAUUUUUUUUUUACCGGCCUGUAAGCAGCCUUGCGCACAACGGUUUUGUCCUAAGUCAUGCGCGCGUGUACGGCUGUGUUCGUGUGUCUACUGUCCGCGUACGGCGCACAGAGCUCUCUCAGUGACGACACGAACCCCAACAUCAUACGAUCUUCGGCAGAGAUCGAGGGCCGAGAAACAAAGACUCAGGUGCGCUGCCGGAAGGACAGUGACUGCGGCAGCAGGCAGUACUGCGAGCGCGGUGCUACGCUGCACUCCGUAUGCACCAACUGUCAGCAGAAACGGCGCAGAUGUCACAGCGACAACAUGUGCUGCCCAGGAAUGCGGUGUGUCAACGAUUUAUGUACGCGGCCAAAGAAGGUGGACGCAGAGAACAACAAGAACAGGCAGCCGUCAUUAGAUAACCGAAGAAAACAGAAAGGCCAGGAGAGGGACAAGUGCGUACGAUCGCGGGACUGCGGCGCGGGCCUGUGUUGCACGCGCUACCUGGAGGAGAAGAGGUGCCUGCGCGUUCCCGUCGAGGGGGAGCGCUGUCUGCUGCCGGGCCGCUCCAAGGGCCAGAGAGCCUUGGGUCGGUGCGACUGCGCCCAAGGGCUGUCCUGCCGGCCGCUCCCCGAAAACUACUCCCACGGGGUGUGUCAGGCCAGCGAGAAACAGACCUAAAAAAAAGGAAAGCCACGCAACCGGCCUGGGCUCGGGAAGGUGCCACUGGCCACCGAUGGACCGGGGGCGAUUUAAAACUUUAUUCGUUUGUUAUACACUGACAUUGCCCAGUCAAAGAACGACAGCAUAUACAACUGUAGGGUGGGGCUGUGUGUUUUACUGGAUUACACUUCCCAUGUUUCUCUGUUCUUUUUUUUUUUUCUCAAUCAAGUGUUUAUUGACUAAGCAAGCUGUAGUGUUGCACAAAAGAUAUCGGCCAUUAUAUGGAUGAUAUUUCAAUUUUCAAAUAAAAAUAUUUAAAUUACA